AUGAGUGAAGAUGACGUGCAGAAAACGGCGUUCCGCACUCACUUGGGACAUUACGAGUUUCUUGUGAUGCCAUUCGGCCUCACAAAUGCCCCCUCAACCUUCCAGAGCGCCAUGAACGAUCUCCUCAGACCAUACCUGCGAAGGUUUGUGCUCGUCUUUUUUGACGACAUACUCAUCUACAGUGUGACCUGGGUCGAGCAUUUGCGACACGUUGAGCAGGUGUUGAGCUGUUUACAGCAACAUCACUGGGUGGCCAAUCAGAAGAAGAGUGAGUUCGGGAAGAAGACGAUCAAAUAUUUGGGGCACGUCAUCUUAGAGGAGGGGGUCCAAAUGGAUCAGGAGAAGAUAGAGGGGGUAGUUGCGUGGGAAGAACCAAAAACGCUGAAGGCGUUGAGGGGAUUCUUGGGUCUCACCGGAUAUUACCGGCGAUUCAUCCGAAUCUAUGGGAAGAUAGCCAAGCCCCUUACAGAGAUGUUGAAAAAGGGGAAUUUUGCUUGGACUAAGGCUGCCAAGGAAGCGAUGGGAAGAUUGAAGUGUUUGAUUGUUGGGGAAUGGAUUUUAUGGGACCAUUACCUUCUUCACGCUCAACAAAGCAAUAUACUUGCAACUCCGAAGCAUAUGUCUGUUCUACAUAUACAAAACUAG